CAAUUUCAUUUCCACCUAUCUGAAUGUGCAUGGACAGUUUUCCUUUUAAUCAAACAAACGAUCUGACACAGUYAAAUAGUAAAAGGACAGAUUGUGUAGGCCCACUGCUCUGACGCAUAGGAAUUGGCUGGUAUGGAGAGGGUUAUUUUGAGUCACAAGUCCACUUCCGUUCUGUAGAUUUAGUAUUACUAAAGUUGUCCAAGGUCCAUCAUCAUUCCAAACAGAAUGUCCCAGAGUAGUCUAAAUGACGGAAAUUGUGUAAUUUAUUAACAAUGUAAUAUUGCAGAAAGCGGACAUUACGCACAAUAUUACUAACAAUAGAUGAAGAUAAAUAUGCGGAUGCCCAACUGUCAAAGUCGAGUCAAUGCUUUGUUUAUCUCCGUCKUCUCGUGUGCUUUAAGCUACAAUGCAUAGCUGUCCCAGUCCCCAAGGUAGUUAGUUGGUCAGCCGUUCUCAGUCUCAGACUGGAACUGACUGAUGCAUCAGUGGGCACCUAUUACAUUUUACAUUCUGCUCAAUGGAGCACUGAAUACCGUGACGUCAGGAGAGGGAGGGCUCCGCUUUCACCUUAAAUAUCAGGCGCUCGCUAUAGUUCAGACAGACGCAACAGAGCACACUAAGAACUUUGGAACGAUAGCCUACUGUUGAAUCCAACUUUGGCUGAAUCUAUCAAACGAAACGAAGUGUCCGAACACAUUUGACUCACUCUAGGCAACUAUUUAGGCUACUUUAAAAUCAUGAUCAAGAAAAUGUCUCCUUCAGAGAACGAUUUCGAUAUCCCGGCAAAGAAUUGCUGCAGGAUGGUGAUUUUGGGAUCCACCAAGGUGGGCAAAACAGCCAUCGUGUCCCGGUUUCUGAACGGAAGAUUCGAUGAGGAAAAGUACACGCCGACCAUCGAGGACUUUCACAGGAAACUGUAUAGCAUUAAGGGAGAUGUAUACCAACUGGACAUAUUGGAUACCUCAGGCAACCACCCGUUCCCUGCAAUGAGGAGACUAUCCAUACUGACAGGUGAUGUCUUUAUCCUGGUCUUCAGCUUAGACAACAGAGACUCUUUCCAGGAGGUGCAGAGGCUCAAGCAACAGAUCAUUGAGACCAAAUCGUGCCUGAAAAACAAGACCAAGGAGAACAUUGACGUUCCUCUGGUUAUCUGCGGAAACAAGGGYGACCGGGAGUUUUACCGCGAGGUGCAGAAGGAAGAGAUUGAGCAGUUGGUGGCGGGAGACGAGCAGUGCGCAUACUUUGAGAUCUCAGCCAAGCGCAACACCAACGUKGAUCAAAUGUUCCAGACCCUAUUCACCAUGGCCAAGCUACCCAAUGAGAUGAGCCCAGACCUCCACCGUAAGGUCUCGGUGCAGUACUGCGACAUGCUUCGCAGUAAGUCCUUGAAAAAUAAGAACAAGAAGGACAAUGGAGACGCCUACGGCAUCGUGGCACCAUUCGCCCGGCGCCCGAGCGUCCACAGUGAUUUGAUGUACAUCAAGGAGAAGGCGAUCGGCGGACAGGGAAAGGAUAAAGAGAGAUGUACUAUCAGUUAAGACUGAGAUGAAUCUUAUAGAUCUUGAAACCAAAAAGGUUGUCCUUCAUUUGUGAUGCAUCUGACAGACGGGGCUUGGGCGCGCAAKGCUGCCCAUGCCGCUUACCGUCGCUCCGUAGUGGGGACACUUGAGACAGCGAUGCCGAGAACCGAUGUGCUCCGGGCGCAAUGACACUGACUAGAUUCAGACACUCCGCACACGUGGAAGCGCAUGKCCACGAGACUUUUAAGAAUGUUACUUUGUUCUGUUAAGAGCCUUAUGUGAUGUGGCUUAAAAUAUUGUGAUAUUCUUCACAAAUGCGUAAAAUGUGUUGUUUUGACAUCUGCCYUUACAGACGGGCGAGAAAAGUGACUUUGGCGUGUGCAAUGUUGAGAAUAGUUUUACAUUUUGUUACACAUUUUAUAACAGAUAAUUAAUACUUGAAUGUUGCAACCUGAAACAUUUUAAAUUGUGAAUGUAUAUUUUGUGUCAGUCAAUUUUUCAAAAAAUAAAUA